GAAUUUCCGUGUCCGCUCCGCGAGAUAGAGAUACCCAUUCAAUUUUAUUGUGGGCGCAGAAUUUCUUCGAACAAUUUUCACAGCUGCAAAGCUCCGAUCUUUGCCCUAAAGGUCUGAUUUUUGGGUUGCCUCCCAUCAGCAUCAGAACCUCAAAUUCGCCACCAUGACUGAGUAUUGGGUUAGCCAGGGCAACAAAUGGUGUGACUUCUGCAAAAUCUACAUAUCAAACAACCCUUCUAGCAUUAGAAAUCAUGAGCUUGGUCAACGUCACAAGGAUAAUGUUGCCAAGAAGCUUGCUGAUAUGCGAAAAGAGAAAGCUGCAAAAGAGAAGGAAGAAAAAGAAGCAGAACGUGCCCUUCUGCAAAUUGAAGCAAAAGCUAAGCGCAGCUAUCAAAAGGAUGUGGCAAGCUUUCAGGAGGCUAGAGAUGCCCGGGCAUUCGAUGUUGAAGAUGAUGGUCAAGAGAAAUGGCAGUAUAACAGUACGUCUGGUUAUUACUACAAUCAAAGUAACGGCUUUUACUAUGAUGCGAAUUCAGGCUUCUACUAUUCUGACGCUAUAGGAAAGUGGGUGGCACAGGAAGAGGCAUAUGCGAACCCGCAGUUUUUAUCAAAUGCUGGAUAUAAAGAAACCAUUUUGAAAAAGCCAGGGUCAACUUCAGGGACAGGACCAGCUACAGAAAACAAAGGUGCUGGUAAAUCUCAAAAUGGGCCUCCACCUGGGCCAGUGGUUUCAGCUUCUUUAAACCCUACAAGAUCUGUUAAAGGUGCUCGUUCGUCAGUUUCUGUUGGAAAGAGAAAGAGGCAAGAGGAGAAACCAAGGGCUAUAUCCGCGCAAGAAGCAGCUGCACUUAAAGCGAGGGAGGCUGCAAGGAAGAGAGUUGAAGAGAGAGAGAAACCAUUACUUGGUCUUUACCGGCCGCAGUGAUUUGGCUGCUCAAGCAAGUUCAUAUCCUUAAGGACCUUAACACAAAGGAAGUCACGAAGACUUUUGAAUGCAACUACUCUUUUUAUGCAAUGGCUGGUCCUAAGUUGUUGGUUAUAUGAUCUCGCGUUACAUUUCAAUUGCCAAAAGUUGCUUGCUGGCAUUGCAAAUUUGGUGAGUAGCAGUACCUGAUAUGUUAAUUUGUACAAUUUGUUGUGACCUUAUUGGAUGGUGGGUUUCAUUAUGAAAGGUGUUAAUUAUUAGGUUCUUCAAAAUGAUGGGUGUCUGAGCCUUCUUCAAUGUGCAACUGCUGGACAAUUAGGGUGAAAGUAAUCUCAUAUCCCUAAUACUUUUAUUUUUCUUUUACUUCCAACAUAUGAAUAUGGCCGAUGCAAUUCUAGUUACAUUUUUCAACAAGGAGGAACAUUAUCGUAACAAAGAAUUUAUGAGCUGAUAUCGGCUCGCAGGUGUGUAGUGUAGUAGUUAAAUGUUAGUUUUUGUUAAGCUCUAGUAUGACGUUUUGUGUUUAGAAAUAUUAAUAAAUGUUGUAACUGAGCAUGAAAUACGGAUACCAAGUACAUGACUACGUAGUCUUUGUUAUUGAGUUCUGAUGUUGAGCACAUGAUUUUAUGAGGUUAUGAUUGGUACAUAGAGCACCCAUUUGGUAAA